AUGCCCCUGGCUGUCCAUGGCUUGCUUGUGGUUGCUCUGGUCCUGCUGAUGAGUGUGGCUCAGAUAGUGAAGCCUCCACCUUUAGAUAUCUCCUGCUCAGACACCAUGGGGAAGGUGUACACCCGCCAGGACACCGAUAUCAGGACCUCCUGUCUAUGGAGGGCCAACCUCCUGCUAUCCUAUAGUCCGUCCCCGGCCCUCUCCUCGGAGGAAAGGGCCAGCGCAGCCCCCUCGUGUGCGUGGUACAAGGACAAGGUGUGGUUCCGAGACACGUCACAGUGGUCAGGCCAGGAAACGGCCAGCGUCCCCGCUGGGAGCAACGUUGCCGUGCAGUGUACCUCCGUGUGGUGCGUCAAGCCCGCCUGUGUACACCAGGAACUAGCCAUCUCCGUGGCCAACCAAGAUAUCCAGUUCUUCAUCAUCAGGCCAAUUGGGCCAAUCAACCAGUACGACUUGGUGUUGUUUGGCUGGUGUGCCAAAAUGAAAAGCACGGGAUGGAAAUAUAGCUUCUCCGGUUACAAAGGGGCCCAGCCGGUCAUUAUUCCGAGCAAUUACCACACAGAGCUCAAGGACACGGAUUAUCCAGCCGGCCUCCUCCUCAAGUGCGCCGGUUACUAUAAUUAUAAAUUUAACGUGAACUACAACGAAGCUGGUCAGUAUGUGGCAUCUCUAGCCAUUCCUAGUGGACCUGUGGCUGAACUUACAAUAUCCAUGGAUGUACAGCAGACCCUGCUCCAUCUUUUUAGCGCCACGUCAAACCAACUCAGCCAGGCCACUGAUAUGAGAUUGACGUGGACUCUUUUACCUUUAACUGGCAAAGUGGUGGCAUUCCAGCUCACAGAACAAUUUAGUGUAGGGACGUGGGACCUGAAAGUCAACAAAUAUGCAGUGAAGACUGUGUUCUGCUCUCCUCCCUUAAGUUCUACCGGAUACAAAGUCAUUAGACUACAUUUUCUGGUAAAUCAAAGUGCAGUCAAGCAACUCAGUGGUCAAUUUGAUGUGAUUAAGAGUAUUAUUUCACUCACUACGACAAAAAAUCUCGGCUACGUGAGCCUAAAUAAAAAAGACGCUCAAUACAACAUGUAUUAUUUCAGUGAAGCCAGUGGACUUUAUUAUUUCUCUAGACGGGAAGACGUAGAAGCCGGUUCUAGUACUCAUUUUAUUUUUUGUCAACAAGAAAGCCUGAGGUUUCUUUUUCAAAUUAAAUUGAUAGAAUCAAAGACAUUCACACUUUCAGCACACUUGUAUCUAAACAAAAAUAACACGUUGUACAGAUCACUGUCAGAUGUGGAUAUAGACGUUUACUUUUUCAAUAGUGGCCCUGCACUUUUGUUCACAAUGUUUUAUAUUGUCUGGUUUAUUCCAAUACAACAUGCACUUUUGCAGUGUGAAUGGACCUUUAAUUUGGAAAUAUAUGGUUCUAAGAAAAAAUACUUGUUCAGAAAUACCACACACACCUAUCAAGAUUCAGUUGCUAAUGCAGCAUCAUACAUCCCAAAUUCCAAAUUGGAAUUUGAUGUGAAACUCUAUACAGGUUUUGUAGCCAAAGUGAAUUUUACCAAAAGUGGCUUAAAGCCUGUCGUUUUAAAAACAAAUGUCGGCUUGUAUGCCAGUAAAGUAUUAGAAACGACAAUUUAUUGUUACAGAGUGCCAUGUAUCAUCCUCAUAUUUAAAAUCAAAAAACCAAAGUUUCCAUCUUAUAUUGUAACAACAAAAGGUUCACACUUGUCCAUUUUUGUGUCCAUACAGUUAAACUGUCCUGCUUAUGAAGGGAUAAAAAUGUUGUGGAGAAUAUAUAGAGUUACCAGUGACUCCUCAAUACCUGUGUGGGAUGAUUACUUAAAUCUGCCUCAGAUAUCUCCAAUAAAUCAGAGUAGUAUUGAAAUCCCCAAGUUUACUUUGAACUAUGGAUUUUACGUAUUCAAUGUCUCCAUAGAUAUUGAAACAAGUGAUGAUGAAGAUGAAUUUCAAAUGAAUACUGACUCAGUGGUUGUUGCUGUACAGGAGAGUGAUCUUAAGGCUGUUAUUUCUGGUGGAUAUUUUAGGACAGUUGGCUUCGGUGAAUCCUGGACUCUAAAUGGGAGUUCUUCCUCCGAUCCAGAUUCCCCAGAUCCAUUAGAAGGCUUGUCAUUUACAUGGUAUUGUACAAAACAAAUAUCAGACUAUAUUUUGAUGAAAGCAAGUAAAAAUACAGUCUGCCAUCAAGAUCAGACCAACCUUGCUUGGUUAAAUCCAGGUGCAAUUUUACAAACUGUCCAGCCUGAAUUACUUCAAGGCAAUAAACAAUACUAUUUCCGCUUGGUUGUUAGCAAAAGUGAUAAAACAAGUUAUUCUGACCAGACUGUAUUUGUCUCGCCGGGUAUCCCACCACUUAUAAGUUUAGUGUGCAUUGAAAACUGCCGGCAAAUUUUAAUUCCAACAGAACGAUUCUCUUUAUCAGGAAAGUGUUUGGAUUGCAGCAAAACCAGUCGACCACAAUAUGAAUGGUCCCUCUACCAGGGUUCAAAAGAGAUGGGUUUUGACUGGGCAUCUAAGACAACGACUGGCAGAUCUAUUGCAUACCUGUCCAUAAUAGCCAAAACAUUUGUUGAUAUUGCUGAUAUUUGGUACACAAUUGUUUUAAAGGUAACAACUUGGACUGGUGCCCCGGCAAUAAACAAAUAUUUAUUUUUUGUUAAUUCACCUCCAAAAGCUGGUAGGUGUGAUAUAAACCCCUCUGUAGGUUUUACUUUGCAAACUAGAUUCAAAGUCAAUUGUAAUGGGUUUAGUGAUAGCAACCUACCUCUUAGCUAUAAAGUCAUAGCAUCUUUGGAUGAAAAAAGUAAAAUUAGUUCUUUGCGUAAAAAUGUGUUUGGGGUAAUUGCUUAUUUUGGGUACAAUUCUGAAAUGGAUCCUUUUACACUCCCCGUUGGCGUACCAAGUGGUGGAUAUUCGUUAGCAUUGUAUGUUCAGGUGUAUGACUCUCUUCAUUCAUACACACAAACAGCUUUGUCUGCCACGGUUAAAGACUAUGAUAAAGGUAAACCAAAAGAAAGUAUUCUUGGGGAAAUUAAUUCAUUGAUCAGUGGGCCAAGCUCGCCAAUGAAUACCUUUCUUGAAACAGGAGAUUUCAUAAAGGCUGGGCUUCAUAUACAGGCAAUAGCAUCCAUUUUAAAUAAUUUAAAAGAUUCUGCUUUCCUUAAAGACACACAAUCCCAACUACGAGAGAGACUUUUGAACAUGUCAUCUACUAUACAGAUCACAAAUGUUAUGGGUGUAAACCAGAUAAUUGCAAGUAUUAGUGACCUCACUCAGGUGGAAAAGGAAGUCACUCUUAAGUCUCAGCAAAUUGCAGUCGAUAAGCUGGUGGAAGCUACCAACUCUCUAUUGACUUACCGCAAAGAAAUUCUUGGUUCUGUAGAGAGCGAGAUGUUAAGCAGUGGUAUUCUGACAUCAGUAUCCAAUAUAAUGAGUGCAUCACUUUUACAUAUUACUAAAAUGACUACUGACGUGUCAUCUGAUACAGUUGAAGUUCUACAGAAAAGCUUGUCUGCUAUAGAAACUACAACCGACAUUGUAUCAGAAGGCAAAGUCCCUGGAGAAAUUGACACUUUUAUGCAAACACAACAGUUUAACGUCAGCUUGAAGAAAGUGGAAAAAUGGGAUCUUGUAGACUCCUAUUUCAAGAAGACAGACUGCAUAACCUGUUUUUAUCCAACAUUGCAAAAUGUAUCUGUUUUGCCUGUUGAUGCUGUAGUGGUAUCUGUCUUUUAUGAAUUUAAAACGGACCCGUUGCCUUGGUUGAAGUAUAGAAGAGAAAUUGACACAAUAGUAGUUGGUUACUACAUGGCAACUACCGUAGAAAACGAACGUGUGAUUAAUAUAAUUCCAGAAACAAUAGAUAUAAUUCUAGAAAGAAAAGCGAAAGUGCCUGUUUUUGACGUAUUUUUGGCACCAGAUGAUGAAAAAAUCUCAAGUGGGGCAUUUUACUUCGAACUUGAUCUCAACUUGAAAGCAGAAUGGUUUUUACAAUUUUUUUAUACAAAAGACAUAGUAUUUAAGAUUUCAUUUUAUGUUGGGGAAAAUAUAACAAAUAACCCACCUGUUGCAUUUGACCGAAUCCCAAAUGCAGAAAAGGCACAAUUAAAAUCAAAUAACUUAAGGAACUGGAAUCCAAAAAUCAUUCGCAUUCCUACUCAAUCUAUACCAAAGAGCUCACCCAUUGUUAAUCUUUCAGUAGAACUGACUACUGACUACAAAGUUUGGAAGAAGGUGGUUUUACUGAGUGCCUCUAUUUUUAAUGUGGCAUGUGUGGACUUUGAAGAAGGAAAUUCUUGGCGUGACACCAAAUGCAAAGUAGGCCCACUUACAAAUAAUAAAAGAAUACAUUGCGCUUGUGGAAAAUUGAAUAAGGGUGAAAGCCGAAGUGCCAGCUUCCUUAAGAAAAAACACGUAUUUUUUUCAGCUAAAGUAUUUGUCCUUCCUAAUCCUGUAGAUCUCACAAAAAUGAAUUUACGGGAGGUUACCAGAAAUUUUGUGACACUUAUUACUGUUCUCACUAUAUGGGUCAUUUACGCAGUGCUUGUCAUCUUGACAAGAAAAUGGGACAAUAUUGACAUGAUGUACAAAAGCAAACUUAUUUUCUGUCCAGUCAAUGAUCCUUACCAUCCAGAAUGUUAUUUGGUUACCCUGUACACUGGGAGUCGCUUAUGGUCUGGGACAUCAGCAGAUGUAUUUUUGAAAAUCAUUGGUUUCGAAAGUACCAGUAAGAUACUUCAUUUAAAAUGUCCACUGUUCAAUGUCUUCUCAAGAGGAGGUUUAUGUACCUUUUUGAUAACUACUAGAUGCUCCUUAGGAGAGAUUUGUUGCAUCAGAAUAUGGCAUAAUAAUUAUGGGAAAUCUCCUGGUUGGUACUUAAGCAGAAUAAAAAUAGAGAAUGUACGUUCCAAACAAGUGUGGCAUUUUCUGUGUCGAAAAUGGCUUGAUAUUAAUAAGAAAGAUGGGCGUUUGGAUAUGCAUUUUUUCCCCAAAGCUGCAAAUUCUCCACUCUCAAAGAAGGAAUAUUUCCUUAUCAAUAUAUCUUGGAGUUUGAUUGAACAACACUUAUGGUCAUCAAUUUUUGUCACUUUUUUACCAAGUUCUUUCCGUAGAGUUGAAAGGCUAUCUUGUUGCUUGGUGGCCCUUUUAUGUGCUUUACUAGUAAAUAUUGCAUUUUUUAGUGCAAGUAAGACUCGAGCAUCUUCACCACCUAUUCGAUCGGUUGUCGUGGGAAUUGAGAGUGCUGUUGUUAUGUUUCCACUUCAAUUUCUUGUACGCUUAUUGUUUAAGUUCAAAGGGACCUCAACGCUUCCUGCAGAGCAACAGUACCUUUCAGGUGACAACUUGCACAACACAACACAGCUUGGCGGUUCUCAUACUCCACAAACCGCAGGGAAAGAACAUUUCAAUGAUCACUUACCAAAAAUGGGGAACCAAGAAGGAGAUAUUGCCACAAAAGAGUCAAUACCUUCCGAUUUAGAUUCACCUUCUCCCCUUUUAAACUCUCCUAAAUCUGGCAGGUUUCAGAGUAUACAAAAUAAUAAUUUAACGCCCCAAACUUUGGCUAAGGAAAAUGUAACUGAAGAAAGUAUGGCUCCACAAUCUAAAUCUGAUUCUCCUAGAAAAAGUAGAUCCCAGUUCUUUGCGAGUCAAUGUACAAAGUUUAAACUUGCUUGCUCUCUGUGGAGUCUUCACAUAGCUUGGACUUUAGUUUUUACAAUAUCAAUUGUGACAUCAUGUUUAAUAAUUCUGUAUGGUCUGUCAUAUGGUCAUCACACUUCAAUGGCAUGGCUUCUGGCAUCCGUUAUAUCCCUCUGUCAAGAUAUCUUUGUUUUGCAAGUAGUCAAGAUUGGUGUUAUUUGUGCAUUUAAUACUUGUUUUCCAAGGCUUCUAAAUAAUAUUCCGUGGCCGACAAACUAUAUGUUAUUAAAGACAUUAGAAGGUAUAUGCAGGAAAGAAGAUGACAAAAAAGAAUUGCAUUGCAAACUGGAGUUUCUAAGUAAAACUGAUCUGGAUAAGCCAAUGAUUUUUGAUAUGACAAAAGUAAUGCACAAUAUGAGUGAUCACUAUGAAUGCCAAUGUCCUCCGUAGGAAGGAGCAGCAUUUUUGAGAACUUUGUUCUCACAGGAUGCGCCUCUAGAGGUGACCAGGAAGACAGCCGUA